GAGCGGGGAGCGCGAGAGCGAGCGCUGCGGCAGCGGGCGGCAUGGCGAGCACGGCGUCGGAGAUCAUUGCCUUCAUGGUCUCCAUCUCCGGCUGGGUGCUGGUGUCCUCCACGCUGCCCACCGACUACUGGAAGGUGUCCACCAUCGACGGCACGGUCAUCACCACCGCCACCUAUUGGGCCAACCUGUGGAAGACCUGCGUCACGGACUCCACGGGCGUCUCCAACUGCAAGGACUUCCCUUCCAUGCUGGCGCUGGACGGUUACAUCCAGGCAUGUAGAGGACUUAUGAUUGCCGCUGUCAGCCUGGGCUUUUUCGGUUCCAUAUUCGCCCUGAUUGGCAUGAAAUGUACCAAAGUCGGAGGCUCAGAUAAAGCCAAAGCUAAAAUUGCUUGUUUGGCUGGGAUUGUAUUCAUACUGUCAGGGCUGUGCUCAAUGACCGGGUGUUCCCUGUAUGCAAACAAAAUCACAACAGAAUUCUUUGAUCCCCUCUUCGUGGAGCAAAAGUACGAGUUAGGAGCUGCUCUGUUUAUUGGAUGGGCAGGAGCCUCACUCUGCAUAAUUGGUGGUGUCAUAUUUUGCUUUUCAAUAUCUGACAACAACAAAGCACCCAGAAUGGGAUACACGUACAAUGGGGCCACGUCUGUCAUGUCUUCUCGGACAAAGUAUCACAGCAGAGAAGGAGAUUUUAAAACCUCAAACCCUUCAAAACAGUUUGACAAAAACGCUUACGUCUAAAAAGAGAGCUGCCUUCAAGCUGUGUCUUGAGUUUGUUCUAAACGUGAACUGUUCACAAAAUGAUGCCAUCAAGGUCCUCCUAUAAUUAACACUCAAACUAUUUUUAAAAUAUGAAUUUGAAGAAUUUGUUGAUUCUUGGAUGUAAAUGUUCUUCUAUAGUUACAUACUAAUCACUUUCUGUUGUGGCUUUCUAUAAAAAAAAAUAAACAGGCUAUUUACAAGAUUUGUAUAUAUCUUAUACAUCUGUGUUUAACACCAAAGAUUCCAGCAGUGUUCGUAAUGUAGCCUUCUUAAUCACCCAGACCUUGCAGUAUUUGUCCCCAUUUCUUAUGUGUUUUUUCCUUCAUAUAUUAAACAGAGUGUAUUGAGGAGUCAUGACUU